AUCACAAGUAAUCGCCCCCUACAGAAGUGUGUUCCGGGUUUGACUUUCCCCCCGUGAUUAUAGCAUGUAGUUAGACAGCAGUGAACGAUUAGAUCGAAAACUUUAAUUAAUCAACUGUGUGCGGCUGGACACCUAUUUUAUUGCAGACGAUGGAUGCCACAUCAGCAGCUGGAGAUCUUCAUCCUUACUGGCCACGGGACCUUCUGAUUCCCACCUAUGUUGCCAAUGACCGAUCCAUGUCAGAGAUUUUGACAUUCCUGUUUUCUGUAUCUGGAGUGUUUCUGCUUGUGACCUGGAUGAUCACCAGCCGGAAAGUUGCCACUGGCAGGCUGGGGACAUGGAGGCGUCUGGCUGUGUGCUGGUUUGCAGUUUGUGGGUUCAUCCAUGGUGUCAUUGAGGGCUGGUUCUCACUGUAUUAUGAUAUUAUUCCAGGAGACCAGAGCUUCCUGUCACAGCUCUGGAAAGAGUACUCCAAAGGAGACAGUAGAUAUGUAAUAGCAGAUAACUUCACUGUCUGCAUGGAGAGUGUGACUGCAUGGUUAUGGGGACCGUUCAGCUUUUGGGCUGUGUUUGCCUUCUUAACUAAUAAACCCUACAGAUUCGUCCUGCAACUCAUCAUUUCGUUAGGUCAGCUGUAUGGAGCAGUGCUCUACUUCUUCACAGAGCACAGAGAUGGUUAUUCUCACAGUGAGCUGGGACAUCCAAUCUACUUCUGGUUCUACUUUGUGUUCAUGAAUGUGCUGUGGAUCGUCAUACCGCUGUUGCUCAUUGUGGAUUCAUGGAAACAGCUGUCAGCAGCCCAGGCAGACACUGACAACACUAAGUCUGCCAAGUCUAAGAGGAACUGACCAGUGGUGGACUGAAGGGUGGGGGCGAGAAAAAGCAGCAGUGCACAUAAAGUCAUGGUGCAUUUAUGGUGAAACCGUUUGAAAGCCUGGUUAAAUAGACCACUGGAAGGGCACCGCAGAGGACAUUUUAUUUUAUCAUGUUUUAUCAUGUUUUAGGGGCAGCAAAGAGGAAACUUUUGCUGUUUUUUUCCCCCAAACAUGAUGUUACCAGGGGGGCAAUUUUAAAUGACAAUUAUGAGAGAUUGAAAGAAAAAAGAGGAGUGGAGAGAGCAUACAUUUUGUAUUGUAGAAAAUCACUACAUUCAGAUAUGAGGCAAAACAAAUGAUUACACUUCCCAUGAAAUGGAAAGCAGAGUGCUAUUUGUUCUAUUUGUUUACAGGGAAUGUAGUAGUCUACUGAGGUGGCUGUCUUGCCGUACUCGGAGGCUCUGUCUAACUCUGUUAACUCUGUCCGGCUGCUGAGCCCAGUUUUAAGAUUAAGUUAGCAGCAAUUAAAUAGUUGUUAGCUACUCUAGCAUGUCCAAAACACCAUUAAGAUACCAAAAAAAAAAAAAAAAAACUAAACGUGUAUGUGUAAUUUUGACCUAAUGGGGACUUCAAUUAAGACAUGCUCAUUUCUAUGGUUUAUUGUUUUGUACCUGAUGCAUUAUGCGCCUUUUAAAUGUGUAUACUCAAUAAAUAAGGAGUUUCAUCUUUCUUUCUUCUUUCUGCAACUUGUGUAUGGCAGUCUUUGAAUUGUGUUAUUGCUGUGUGGAGCCUGAAGGAGAGGAGCAAAAUAAAGAGUCUGUUUUCUCAA